GACUACGACGGUGGCGUCAUUUCUGAGCUGCGAACGGGUGUUUUUACGAGGCGCAACGGUUACAGCUCUCAGAGCCGGCGACGCAGUCAGAGACGCAUUACAUUCCGAUCGAGGAUGGCGAGCCAGUCCCAAGGGAUCCAACAGCUUCUGCAAGCGGAGAAACGAGCCGCCGAGAAGGUAGCCGAGGCGAGAAAGAGGAAGACCCGCCGCCUGAGGCAGGCGAAGGAAGAGGCGCAGGGUGAGAUCGAGCAGUACCGUGGCGAGAGGGAGCGGGAGUUCGCCCAGAAGCAGCACACGGUGCUUGGCUCCCAGGGCGGUCUCUCCUCUGAAGUGGAGCAGCAGACACAGCAGAAGAUCCAGUCCAUGACCAAAAGCUACCGCUCCAACAGAGAGAGGGUUCUGAGGCACCUGCUGACCCUCACCUGCCAGAUCAACCCCCAGAUACACGUCAACUACCACUGCAGGGCUUAGAGAGAGGGGGGCAGAGACAGAGCCAGACAGAGAGAGAGAGAAAGAGGGGGAGAGAGAGAGAGAGAGGGGGGGGGGAGAAAGAGAGAGAGAGAGGACAGUGACUCAAUGCAGGGAUUAGAAAGGGAAGGAUGGAGGGGGAGAGAGAAAGAGGGGGAGAGAGACUGUGACUCACUGUAGGGUAUCGAGCAAGGGAGAGAAAGAGAGGGGGCAGAAAAGAGAGACAGAUGACUGCUGUUACC